AUGUUCAAUCGCAGUCCGAAAUUUCUUGCACCUGGUCGGUACACGUUCCUUUCUCCAUUUAAUCAUUUGAUUCGUGUGGUCAGUAUCACGGAUAAACUUAUUACAUUAGGCAACAUUCAAAUUGUGACAGUUAAUCAGGGUGAGCUUGGCUUAAGUCUUCGAAAUGGUGAGAGCAUCUUGCUCGAUCCCGGUCGUUACAUUUUGACAGCACCGCAUGUCUUCGACAAGAGUACUCCAGCCAAUGCUCAGUACAUCGAACUGGGAACGUAUCGGCGGAUCACUGUGCCUGUUGGAUUCGUUGCCGUGGCAUUUGAUAUCGGCAAGCAGAUUAUCAUUCGCCCCGAAGACACCGAAUCAGGCCCAUUCGAAACGAAUUCACCCACAUUUCUUUUCGAUAAGAAAACAGGUUUUCAAUCGGUACAACUGCAAGUCAGAGAACUUGAUCAACUCGUGGUGAACACGCGAGACGGCAUUACGAUCAUAGCUAAAGGUCUUAUCACCUAUCGAAUUCACGAUCCACGAAUAGCAUUCAUGACUGUCCAAGAUAUCCACGGAGCAGUAAAACGAGCAGCUGAAGCGACACUCACUUCGCUGUUUCUCAAUGCAGCGAUCGAUGAGAUAGCUCCACCUGUUCCGGAGAAACCCACGGACAAAAAGCUGAUCACUCUCAAAUCGUCGAGCGAAGAGAUGAAUUUCAAUCAGCAUAUUCGUGAUGCGUUUCUUCAUGAUUUUUCGCACAAAGUGAGUCAGUGGGGCGUCGAACUACAAGAUUUGAACAUUGAAAAGCUUGAAUUCGAUAACAGUGUUAAAGAUUUACUACGAAAGCGUGCACAAGCUCGUGUUGAAACAGCGACCAGUCUGGCGAAUAUGCGUUCUCAAACAGAUAUUGCUAUGCAACAGGCUGAUCGUGAGAAGCAACAAGCACAAAUCCGGGCAGAAGCUGAAGCAUACGUUGUACGCACAAAGGCUGAUGCUGAUUUCUAUGCAGCCGAACGGCAUGCACAGGCAGCUAAAAUCUUACAAGAAGUGCCACUGUCAGCUCAGCUUGAACUUAAACGGCUUGACGUCGAGAUGAUAAGAGCGACUGGCGAUCGAACAACAUUCAUGCCCAUGAACCUUCAUAUAGGAGAUAUCGGAAUGGUUGACAAACAAAAUAGCAAAAUGUACUGGGCAUCAGCUACUGGUGCUAACACAUAG